AUGGCCUACCACCCGUUCCUGCUGCAGCGGCCCACGGACUUCAGCCAGCCGCCCCCGGCCCUGCCUCCGCCCCCGGCGGCGCCGGCCGUUCCUCCGCCGCCGCCGCCUCCGCCGCCCCCGCACCCGGCGACGGCGGCGGCGGCGCACCAGUACCACUUCCUGGCGGCGGCAGCUGCCGCGGCGGCGCUGGGAGGUGCCGUCGGUCCCUACAAGCUGCCCCCGGUCGCGGUGCCGCCCCCGCUGGCGGCGCACGCCGCCCACGCCGGCCCCGGCGGCCCGGCGCACGCCUACACCACGGCCGAGGAGGUGCUGGCGGCGGCGGUCGCGUCGCACCACCCGCACCACCCCGCGCUCGUGCGGCCGCUGAGGCCGCCGCUGCCGCCCGACGACGACGGCGUCGUCGACGACCCCAAGGUGACCCUCGAGGGCAAGGAGCUCUGGGAGAAGUUCCACAAGCUCGGCACCGAGAUGGUCAUCACCAAGUCCGGCAGGCAGAUGUUCCCGCAGAUGAAGUUUCGCGUGUCGGGGCUGGACGCGAAAGCGAAAUACAUCCUGCUGCUGGACAUUGUGGCCGCCGACGACUACCGGUACAAGUUCCACAACAGCCGGUGGAUGGUCGCCGGAAAGGCUGACCCUGAAAUGCCUAAGCGCAUGUACAUCCACCCGGAUAGCCCAUCCACGGGCGAACAGUGGAUGCAAAAAGUCGUUUCCUUCCAUAAGCUGAAGCUGACCAACAACAUUUCCGACAAGCACGGCUUUGUAAGUACUACCAUCCUCAACUCGAUGCACAAGUACCAGCCGCGCUUCCACCUCGUACGGGCCAACGACAUCCUCAAGCUGCCCUACUCCACGUUCCGCACCUACGUCUUCAAGGAGACCGAAUUCAUCGCCGUCACCGCCUACCAGAACGAAAAGAUCACGCAGUUGAAGAUCGACAACAACCCCUUCGCCAAGGGCUUCCGCGAUACGGGGGCCGGCAAGCGUGAGAAGAAAAGGCAGGCGCUACUGGCAGCUCAGAGGCAUCCCGUAUCGGACAGCGGCGGCGGCGGAGGCGGCGGCAUGCCCGGCGGCGGCCACCACCAGCCCGGCGGCGGCGGAGGCGGCGGCGGCGGGCCCGCGGGGGGCGUGGGCGCCGAGCUGAAGGCGCGCCAGGCGGCGGCGGUGGCGGCGGCAGCGGCGGCGGCCGCGGCGGCGGACGAGGACGACCGCCUGCUCGACGUGGUGGGCACCGGCGCAGACCCGCCCCCGCUACACCUGCACCACGCCCACUCCGGUGAGUCCCAACUCCGGCGCACAGCGUACGCUUCUGGCGAUGCGUCGCUACUGUGGCCGGUAACGCUCCGAAAGGGCAGGUACCGCUCGCAACCGACGCUCCUAAGCACACCUGAGCUACAGGAAGACGUCAAGACCUUACGGGCCCUCACGGGCCGGCCCUCAGCGUGGUUCUCGCUGUCCGCAGCGGGCUCGGCCCCCGACAUGUCGGCGGGCGAGGAGGCGGCGCUGCGGCGGCGGCUGCACCAGCACCAGCACGCGCACGGCCACGCCGUGCCGCCGCCGCCGCCGCUCGGCCACCACGACGACAGCGAGCGCGACGGCAGCGACUCGAGCUGCUCCGAAUCGACGGUGGCCGCCGCCGCCUUCAGCCGCGGCUCGCCGCCCCAGGGCGCCGCCGCCGGCGACUACCCGGCGCCCAACAUCUCCGUGGGGCCGCCCAUUCACCCGCCGCCCCACCUGCUGCCCUACCUCUACCCCCACGGGCUGUACCCGCCUCUGGCGCCCGGUCCGCCGCUGUCGCUGUUCGCGGGCCCCGGCGGAGCGCCCGGCGCCGCCCCCGGACUGCUUUUUAACGCGCAGCUGGCCCUGGCCGCGCAGCACCCGGCGCUCUUCGGCCACUACUCGGCGCUGCACCACCCGGCCGCGACAGCCGGCGGGGGCGGCGCCGGGGGCGGCGGCGCGCUGCACCACCCGCUGGGAGCCAAGGGCGGCCGCUUCGCGCCCUACUCGCUGCCCGGCAACUCCGUGGGCUCCGCCUUCGAGACGGUGACGCCCGGAGGCGGCACCGGCGGGGGUGGCAGUCCCAAAUCGCACCUGCACGCGCCGCCCCCGCAGCACACGCCUCCCGGGCCGCUGCCGCAGCCGACGCCCCUCGGACCGCUAUCCACCGGCUCGAGUUCGCCCCCAGCUUCGCCGCCGCACCAGCAGCAGCAUGAGGCGGCGCCGCCCCCACCACCCGCGCCCGCCGCCACCGCCAGUGAGCUCAAGAGCAUCGAGAAGAUGGUGAACGGCCUCGAGGUGAAACCGCGGGACGCCUCUCCCAAGUGCGGCGACGACAAGGUGGUGGUCUAGCGAUCGCGGACUCCCUUCGAUGUCGUCCUUUUCUCCAGUCGGCGCGGCUGAACCCGGGGUCGACGUCUCGGAGCGCCUCCAGUCCUUCAAUAUCUUCCACAGUCCAAAAGCCGGGCUGUUACCUUGUUGUACAGUUAGUAAUGUGCUAUCGACGAUAACUCUGACAGCAGAAUAAAGUGGGAGGAGCGAGCAUACGUUUCAGCGCUUCAUACACUGACUGGCGUCUUUCAGAGGCAGUAGUAAUUUAAUGGAGCAAUUUUGUUCAGAAAAUCCGUAUGAUGAUUGCGGUCUUGGUUGAGAUGUGCUUCUCCUACAGAAAGAACAACUGCUGUUCCAUCAACAAUUGAAUUCGGCUCCGUAUUGGUCAUCAUCAAAAGAAAUGUCUGAUGGUUAUUAAAACCAAUCAUUUCGUGUCACUAAUAAAAUAACAUCAUUUCGUGUCACUAUUGGAAGAGCACCCUUCUCUACGGACGUGCGUUUCAUUGUACACGCCGUCUAUAGUAAACAUAGGUGCUGCCUACAUUGCCGUGUCGUAUGUCUGCCUGUUGACUCUGCAUCCUCCUCCCACGUGUUCUCCGCGCUGUAAGAGCUGACAUCGUGUUUUAUACGAUAGAACACCGACUGAGAAAAAGGCUAUACAGACAAAGAACAAUUAAAAUUGCUGCAUUGAAGAUUUUUUGUUUAUAAUUUUUCCGCCUUACUAGAAACCGCUUAGUUUUGUGGAACUAACAGCGGCCUUGUCAAAUUCAUUUCCACUACCAUACAGAAGUUUGUAAUUUUGCCAAGAAGGACAGCGGACACGCCUAGAAACGAGUGCAACGAACCGUUGGUACAUGGACUUCUCUUUUGAAGAUAAACGAAAUGGACAUUUUGAUCAACGAGUUUCGACACACUAUCUGCCCCCCCAUCUGGAAACUAGCGUCGAAGUUGCGCUUUGUAAUACGAUAUCUACAGCUAGCUGUACACAUAUUAUACAUAAAUAAUUUUAAACUAUGUAAAUAGAAGAAGAUUCAGCAAAUAACAAUAUGCAUCAUGUACCAUAGAACGUCUGUGUAUAAGUGAAUAAAAUGUUUUAUUUAUACCAAAGAAAGUAUGUUUGUUUAUAAAAAAUACAAAAUUAUUGUCUCUUGUAAAUCAUAGUGAACAUACGAAGCUGGAACAUGUGCAGUGACGAAUAGAUGAAGUAGGUCUUUGAGCUUUUGUGUGUCCCUGGCCUGCCUUUGUAUAAUAAAACAAUUUUUAAGAAAUUGAAAAAGAUAAUAAGCACGUUUGUAAGUACAAUCAUGUAAUACUUUUCUGUUUACUGAUUUGUAAGGCAUGAUACGAUAACCUAUCUGCUUGUGAUCUUGUUUCAUUAACGACACGAUUUGUACGCCUCCUUUUAUAUGAGACGCAGUAAUUUUGUUGAGAACAUUGCCACACAUAUUAUACGACUUACCCUGACUCUGCAUGCGGAAUAUUUUAUGCAAUAUAUUCUGAAGAGUAUAAAUUUCUUACCUGUGACCCCAGUCUCGCCUGUAACUCAUGGAUUCACACAACAAUCGAAAAUAACAAGAACUCAUUCUUUUCUCGUAGCAUCCACAAUAUCUACCUGCCAAUAGUAGGGCUUUUAAACGUAGUUCUGGCUAGUAAUUUAUUGACGUUGUCCGCCAUUGAGGAAUAGAUAUGGGCACAUUCAUUAGUUUCUCAUAAAAAUGCCUAAAGAAAGCAUUAUCGAGUCACUGUGUUUUAACACAGUGUUAUAUUACAGGGAAAAUAACAGGAAACGUUGCAUUCAAUAGGGAUCAGUCAGCAGCCAAUUUUUUUUUUUAUCUGGAAUGUAGUGUACGUUAAGUAAGUUCACGACACCCAUGUGCAAUUUUUAUAAUAAAUAAGUUCUGUAAGGAGCUUCUCAUAUUUCAGUUCCACAUGUGGUAUAAGAUACAGAUCUUGGGCAUUGCUCACUGCAUAGAUACUCUAUACAGGCGUUUUCAGAUCCUUGGUGGUAUAAAAGCUGGACUCGUUUCCAGCGUUCUGGAGAACGUGGCCCUAAGACUCCCAUUUCUGAAGAUCCUUCCCAGCUCUCAAUCUCAGAGCUGAUUGGCCUUUAACGAUACGUGUGUCCUUGCAACAUAUUCUAAGGCGUGCUGAUACAUCACAUCCACGGUUUCCAGUGGGUUUUGUAUGGUUCUUCUUGAGUGGAGGAAGUCAGAGCAUAGAAACAAAAGACUUUUCAGCUACUGGAAUCGAAGAUGCUGGCUGUACAGUUAUCACUGGGAGUCAGUUAGAAACCCUCGUGCUCUGAAAUAUUGGUGAGAACCAUGAUACCACAUUUUAUGAAUCAGCUCAUCACAUAAGUGUUGUGGCAGUGUAACAGGGAUUAAAUUUCUGCACAGAAUUGUGCUUCAAUUUUACUGUCGUACUGUAACUACAUAGACUACCGACCAAUAUGCGAAAUUAGUUCUGUAAUAUCCUGCUGAAGGGCAUACUGUCUUCCAUAAGAUGAAAGUGUAAGAACAGAGUAGGCAGUUUUUGACUACUAGAUCUAAUGCAGCGGUUCCAUACAUUUUCCUGUUAUGGACCCUUAAAAAAUUACACCUUCCCAUGGAUCCCAAUUUCAUACUACAGUGGCUGCAAAACCAAAACAUUCUGUUGAAUACUGCUGUUACCUUCUGUUACCAUAUUACCACCACAUGCAAAAUCAGAUAACCAUAUCAGAGUUGGCAGCAUCUUUUUUUUUUUUUUUACUUAAUUUUCAUAAUUGACUUCAAAUACCUUUUGCUAAAAACUCUCUGCACCAAUGGGAAGUAUUAGUAUUCUGAGUAAUACAGUUUGGAAACCACUGCGGUAGCGGAUGUACCCGAUCUAUGUCCGCUAAUUUCGUUAUUGUUAAUGAAACACAUAUAUUUGAAAAAUACUGCACUCCUGUAUCAAAUUUUUCUUUUAAAUAUGUUUUGCUCUUGGAACAGCUAAUUACCAAUACACAAGUUUCUCUCGAACCUACAAGCAAGGUUUUUAUGAUCCAAAUAAAACAAAUUCACCACCUGUCAUCCAUAUCUAGGAAAAGGCAUCACGGUUUCCAGUGGCGAGCCUGUUUCCUCCCAGUCGUAUUACAAGAGCUUGCCUGCUUCUCAUUAUUUUCUGUUGAUUUCGUUAAAACUGCAUAGAAAUAUAGUUAUGAUGACAUUACCGAUUCGCUACUUUAAAAGUAUUUUUUAGUUAUUCAUACAUGUAAGCACUUACCUCUCGAGUUGUGUCUUACUACUUACUGCUGUAUUGUAAUUGCGUUGGGGAAGCCGCUUCUCGCCACAUAUAACUGACAGGGAAUACAGGUAUGUCGCUGGCGCCUUUCCCCGCUUGCAACUCCAUAAAUGCGAAGCUGUCAAGACAAUGACGAAACGGUUCUGUCCACUUCUCCCGAACUGCAAAUACUUCACAGGAAAAGUGAAGGAACCGAACUCUUAGCAAUAAAUAACUUUUUCUUAGGCUGCUGUUAUUAUUGUGAAAUAAAGCCGUA